ACAAUACUUAAAGGUGCCAGUAUUAUGCAAUCUCUCUCGGAAGACACUGUUACGUACUUCAAGCAAGUAGUGCUUCCUUCUGAAGGUGUACAGAGUUUGGUCUCCAGUGACAUGAGUGAGUUGAUGCGAAUUGCAGCUAAUGACAAAAGGGAAGAGCUGAAAAUAUUUUCCCAAGAGGUUAUCAGGUUUGGCAACCGUUGCAAAGAUCCCCAGUGGCAUAACCUGGACCGCUAUUUUGUCAAAUUAGAAUCCGAAAGUGCACCCCAGAAGCAACUGAAAGAAACAGCCAAAGCAGAGAUGCAAAAGUUGAUGACUCUUGUUCAACGUACAACUGAUUUGUACCAUGAGCUUCAUGCAUUAGAUAGACUAGUGGAGAUGCACGUACCUUUAAAGAAGAAUUUUAUUUAA